AUGAAGCCAAGAAUAAACUUCGAGAAUAUGAACACCACCACCACUAACAGCAACACAAACAACAACAACACAAACAACAACAACACAAACAACAACAACACAAACAACAACAACACAAACAACAACAACACAAACAACAGCAACAUAAACAACAACAACACCAGCACACAAGACAGCGGCUACUUGGAAAGCAGUCCAACAACGUUGAAGAAUGAGAAGAGGAAGAUGAGGAAGGUGGUGGUGGAGAGAUUGAGGAGGGAGAGGAUAGAUAGGUGCCUCCAACAACUCCAGGACAUCCUCAUCCAAUCAAAUUCUCCUCCUACACAAUCAUCAUCAUCUCUUUCAACCGGAAGUCACCUUGAGAAGGCAGACAUCUUGGAAAAGACGGUAGAUCACGUGAGAGAUCUGGAGCGGAAGUUGCAUGAAGGGGUGAGCAGAGGUUACCAGGCUUGCAUGCAACAAGUUCAUGCGUACAUGCAACUACAUCGUCCAACUCAAACUGAUAAUGGUGAUGAUCUAAUUUCAUUCCUUCAUCAAAAUAUGGACUCUGCUCUUCACUCACUCAAUGGAUCUUACAAACAAAUGAAAAACACGGACAGCGACUGCAAUAUCGUUCAUGGUGGCCCUGCAGACGGCGUUCCUCAGUCGUCAACAUCCGCCACCACCAACACUCACCAACACAUUUGGAAGGAAGCAACAACAAACAGCAACGCGUUGACAUCAAUGAACUUUCCACCACACAACAACAUUCUAAACAACAACACGUCUGCAAACUCUUCCGACAACUACAAAAAUGUAAAAGACAAUUCAUUUGUAAACAACACUAACAACAACAACAACUGCAGUAUCAACAACAACAACAACAUCAUCAUCAACAACAUCAACAACAACAACAUCAUCAUCAACAACAUCAAUUCGUUAAACGACAUCAACAACAAACAUGGUGACAUUAUAGUUGAUGUCGAUGAUAACCAUGAUAACAUUGGCUGUGUUGACGAACAACGAACUGGAAAUAACACGAAACAGGACAAACAUGUCUGGAGGCCAUUUUGA